AUGCAUUAGAUGAAGAAAAGAAAUAUCAAUAAGCCAUUGAUGAAUGCGAAAAGGUUUUGAUAGAAGAACCUUUAUUUAUACAUGCUUUGUAUAGAAAAAGUACUCAUUUAUUUUUUAAAUAGGCUUUUCGUUAUCAAAUUUGAAUGAACAUUCACAAGCAAUUUAAUGCAUUGAUAAAGCUUUAAAUUAUGAUUCAAAAUAUAUUGUUGGAUAUAACACAAAGGGUAAAAUUAUUAGUUUAUGAUUGUAAUAGGUUAUUCAUUAGAUGAUCUUAGAAAAUAUGAUGAAGCACUAGUUUGUUAUGAUAAGGCAAUCAAACUGGAUCCUAAUUAUGCAAAUGCUUAUAAUAAUAAGGGUUAAUAAUUAUGUUAUUUUAAUAGGUAGUUUAUUAGAUGAUCUUGGACGAUAUAAUGAAGCAAUAGGUUAUUAUGAUAGGGUAAUCGAACUGGAUCCUGAUGAUGCAAUUGUUUUGAAUAAUAAGGGUUAAUGAUUAUUUUAAUGUAAUAGGUUAUUCUUUACGUCAUCUUGAAAAAUAUAAUAAAGCAUUAGUUUGUUAUGACAAGGCAAUCAAACUGGAUCCUAAUUAUGCAAUUGCUUAUAAUAAUAAGGGUUAAUAAUUAUGAUAUUGUAAUAGGUAGUUCAUUACAUAAUCUUCAAAUAUAUAAUGAAGCAAUAGUCUGUUUUGAUAAGGCAAUCGAUCUGGAUCCCAAUUAUGCAAUUGCUUAUUAUAAUAAGGGUUAAUAAUUAUGUUAUUAUAAUAGGUAAUUCAUUAUGUCAUCUUCAAAAAUAUAAUGAAGCACUAGUUUGUUAUGAUAAGGUAAUCGAACUGGAUUCUAAUUAUGCAGUUAUUUAUAAUAAUAAGGGUAAAUAAUAAAGUUAUUGUAAUAGGUAAUUUAUUACAUAAUCUUCAAAAAUAUAAUGAAGCAAUAGUUUGUUAUGAAAAGGCAAUCGAACUGGAUCCUAAUUUUACAAUUGCUUAUGAUAAUAAGGGUUAAUAAUUAAGUUAUUAUAAUAGGUAAUUCAUUACGUCAUCUUCAAAAAUAUAAUGAAGCAAUAGUUUGUUAUGAUAAGGCAAUCAAACUGGAUCCAUUUUAUACAAUUGCUUAUAAUAAUAAGGGUUAAUAAUUAUGAUAUUGUAAUAGGUAGUUCAUUACAUAAUCUUCAAAAAUAUAAUGAAGCAAUAGUUUGUUAUGAUACGGCAAUUCAUCUGGAUCCUAAAUAUGCAAUUGCUUAUUAUAAUAAGGGUUAAGAAUUAUUUUAUUGUAAUAGGUAGUUCAUUAGAUGAUCUUGGAAAAUAUAAUGAAGCACUAGUUUGUUAUGAUGAGGCAAUCAAACUGGAUCCUAAUUAUGCAAUUGCUUAUGAUAAAAAGGGUGAAUAAUUACGUUAUUUUAAUAGGUGCUUUAUUAUCUUAUAUGAAGAAGUAUUAAUAAGCCAUAGUGAAUUAUGAACAAGCACUUUAUUAUUUCCAAAAAAAUAAUGACCAAAACAAAUAUUCAAAUUUAAUUAUGGAAUUAAGAAAUAAGUAAUGA